CCUCUCCUCUCUUUUUGAAAACCAUGUCUUAUUGCAAGAAUCAGAAAAUAAUUCCUGUGUUGGUCUUGCUCGUGCCAAUAUUCAUCUCCCAGUUGGCUGCGGCAUAUGCCAAUGCCAAUGGGAACGCUGUCUUCCAUGACAAAUACAUGAAAGGCUGUGAUCUUUUCAAGGGGAGUUGGGUGUACGAUGAUUCCGUUCCGACAUAUAAUUCUACAGUCUGUCCCUUCCUCGACCAGGGAUUCGAUUGCCAGAGGAACGGUCGACCUGACCAUGACUACCUCAAGUAUAGGUGGCAGCCUGAGGGCUGUAACAUCCCCAGUUUCAACGGUCGGGAUUUCUUGGAGAGGCACAAGGGAAAGAAGAUAAUGUUCGUCGGGGACUCUCUCACUAACAAUAUGUGGCAAUCGUUCACGUGCAUGCUUCACUCCUCAGUCCCAGCGGCCAAAUACACCAUAUCCCAUGCGGGCACCUCUACCCCUGCCGUUACUUUCUCUUUUCCGGAUUACGGGGUGUCAGUCAUUAGCUUGACGAAUAGGUUCUUGGUUGACAUAGUCAGUGCGAAAGAAGGCAGGGUGUUGAAGCUUGACAGCCUCACGACUGGUGACCAGUGGAAGGGUAUGGACUACUUAAUCUUCAACACUUAUCACUGGUGGUUCCACACCGGCAGCCUCCAAACGUGGGACUAUUUCCAAGUUGGAAAUAAGUUGUACAAAGACAUGGACCGACUCGAAGCCCUGAAGAUUGGACUUACUACGUGGGCUAAGUGGGUCGACUCAAACAUCGAUCCCCGUAACACGACAGUCUUCUUCCAUGGAAUAUCAGCUCUGCAUUUCAAUGCCGAGGACUGGAAAGGCAAUGGCACGAAGGGAUGCCAAGGGGAGACACAGCCUGUGCUUGGAUCGACUUACCCUUCGCCUGGUCUCCCUGGGAAGUCCAUAAUAGAAGGCGUCCUGAAUUUGAUGGUGAACCCCCCACAUUUUCUUGACGUGACACUGCUGACCCAGCUCAGAAAAGACGGGCAUCCUUCGAUCUAUGCGGGAAAGGGAAGCGGUUUUCUAGAUUGCAGCCACUGGUGCCUCGCAGGUGUCCCGGACGCAUGGAAUCAGCUUCUCUAUGCAUCUCUUAUGAGAAUGGAAGGUAUUGAUCCCGACAUAGCACCGGCGCCUGAUGCUUCUCAGCCCAGCGCACCCCCACCACUGCCAGGGGUGCCCAGCCCUUCAGUUGUGCCUGGUCCUCCUGUCUCGCCAGUCCCUCCUCCUCAUCCUUCAGGGGGCCCGAGCCCUUCACAUGGGCCUCAACACCCAGGCAGCCCAAGCCCUGCAGGAUGGCCAAUCCCUCCCUCGGGUGGGCUGAGCCCAUCAUCUCCUGGGCCUGAGCACCCAGGCAGCCCAAGCCCUGCAGGCUGGCCCACCCCUCCCUCUGCUGGGCACAGCCCAUCAUCACCUGCGCCCGAGCACAACGGCAGUCCAAGCCCUUCAGCUGGGCCUGGACAUCCUGGCGAGCCCGGCCCUUCGGACAGGCCGGGACAGCCACUUGCUCCCAGCCCAGGAGACUGGCCCGGACCUUCAGACGCGCCGAGUCCUUCACACAAGAAGUCAGAUGGGCUGGGGCUCAGACCUUUGUCCUUUGGUUCUAACCUUGCCCUUGUGAUGCUGCUCCUUGCUGUUUAUUUACAGUUCAUCCAACGCUGAUUGAUGGAUUCAUUC